GGAGAAUCGGUCGCAGUUCUUUUGUAUACCUAACGUGGACCUUGAGAUAAAAUGAAGGUCGUCAUGUUUUUGGCGUUCGCCUGUUUUGCCUUAGCAAAUGUCUCAGCAUAUCCACAUGGCCAUAAGAAUGGCGGCAAAGGAAAUAAUGGAGAAAGGCACAAAGAUACAAAGAAAGUGGAAAUAACGGAGACAGAUAAAUAUGACAACGGAGGGGAUAAAUAUGACAAUCAUGGACACGACGACUUUGAAGAUGAUCAAACGGAUGUAGAUAUUCAGGAAGUGGUGAGAAAGGAGACAGAGAGUCAUGCUCAUUACGGAAGGAGGGAAUAGAUAUGGCAACGGUCACGACGACUGAAAAGAAGGAAGACAUAUACAAUGGAAAUGAGACGUUGACGAAAUCGUGAAAAUAAUUAUAAAUACAGAAACUAAGGUUACGAAAAUGGCAAUUUCGAAAACAUUUGGAAGUAACAGAUUCUCUGUUUUAAAACAGAUUGUUUAUUAUUAAAAAUGG